UUCUACCUUAUCCUCAUGCAUCCUCCAGUCGCCUGCUCCGAGGUUACCAACCCAGAAUGCAGCAAGAGCCUCUGCAGCUGCUACAACUGGUAGAAGUGGGUUAGGCAGAUGGUUGCUCAACAAUGACCCAUCAAGGACUAUAGUUGUAGAAGGGAGAGGGGAGACAGGUAUCAUAUUUCCUGCCUGAGAUGUCUACUGAAUGGCAGCAAUUGCAGUGAAUCCAGCUCACUGUCUCAACAGCCACUCACCUGCCCUGUCUCCUCCCCUGUCUCAUAACUGGACCAGCAGUUAAACAGCUGUAUAGCCUCGUCUCCCUGUCUCAUUUUCCCCGGAGCUCCAUCAGCAAAGAGUAGCAACAGCAACUGGAGAAGCGGCAGCCAGACAUAGGCAGGGCUGGUUCUUGCAGCCGUGCAGAUCGCCUCCUCCUCAACACACACACACACACAGACAGACACACACACACACACACACACACACACACUGCACAGACUUCCAAUAUCACAGCGUCUUGACAUAAGGACUAAGACGAGAGAAGAGCGUUAGUCACGGACAACAGUUCUUUAACACAUUAUUGAAACUACAAACAUCCGUAGCAGUUUCAUGUGGACGGAUUGCAUGUUUUGAAAGCCUGAGGUAUUUUAUCAUGAAACAUGCCAUGUGGAACUUCUGAAGCAUAGAGCUCUGCGCAACACCUGAAGAAAGAAUCCCUUACCUGGUAUGUGACAGAGCUUCUCACCACCACCAUGACAAACCAGGAAAAAUGGGCCCACCUCAGCCCUUCAGAGUUUUCCCAACUUCAGAAAUAUGCUGAGUAUUCUACAAAGAAAUUAAAGGAUGUUCUUGAAGAAUUCCAUGGUAAUGGUGUGCUUGCAAAGUAUAAUCCUGAAGGGAAACAAGACAUUCUUAACCAAACAAUAGAUUUUGAAGGUUUCAAACUAUUCAUGAAGACAUUCCUGGAAGCUGAGCUUCCUGAUGAUUUCACUGCACAUCUUUUCAUGUCAUUUAGCAACAAGUUUCCUCAUUCUAGUCCAAUGGUAAAAAGUAAGCCUGCUCUUCUAUCAGGCGGUCUGAGAAUGAAUAAAGGUGCCAUCACCCCUCCCCGGACUUCUCCUGCAAAUACAUGUUCCCCAGAAGUAAUCCACCUGAAGGACAUUGUCUGUUACCUGUCUCUGCUUGAAAGAGGAAGACCUGAGGAUAAACUUGAGUGUAUGUGGUUUUUCAUUUUGUUUACUUAUCAUGGUUGGGGGCAGGAGAAAGGACUGGAAAUUGAUUAACUUAAAAUUGCGCUAGUACGGUUGUAUAAUUUUUGUCAAAUAAAGCAACCCUGCUUAAUAGUAAAAAUUUCCUCCUACUGAGAAUCAGACAAUUAAAAGAUAGUAAGAUCUUUUUAUUUCAGGUUCUUAUUUAUCAAGUUCCAUUUAUUACUGAUUAUUUCUUGAUUAUGUUUAUCAUAUGACUAUAAAAACUCUUCCUCGGUUCUUUAGAGUUAAGAAGAUGCUGUUAGAAAGUAUCUUUUGAGUUGUUUUCAUAAAGUAUUUAUUUAUAGUAUGUGAAGAAUCAUUCCUAUUAGUGAGCAAGAAAAUUGCCUAUAAACAUGCAACCUGCACCAUUUCCCCAGUGGAAAUCUCUCUCCCUUGCAGUCUUCAGCACUAACUCUCUUAUUAGCAGAGACAUGAUUUCUCAAAUGCUAAACCUGAGAAUGACAUUUAUAGUAUUUGAUUCUGGAUAUUAUAAAUAAUUAAACAAUAGCUUUGUUUCUUUUGGGAUAUGGUAGGUAGAGAAUUUCUAUUUGGUUGAAAGAAAAUAAUUACUCUCUUUAAUAAAGCAGUGACUGAGCCCUCUCUGGUGGCAAACUGUACUCACUGCAAUACAAGAAAAUGUUUUUCAAGCAUUUACUCUAAAUCUGAUCAUUUGCUUGUCUAUUCUGUCUCUGAAGCCCUUUCUAAAUAUAGUUCUGGCAACUUACUCAAUAAUCUGAUAAAUUUGAGUAUAUAGGAUAUGUUAAAAAUAAUUAAAAAUUCUUGCUACUAGAAUGAUAGUGAUAAUAAAUCCAAACUUUAAUAUUUCUAAAGCAAAUAUAAAUUGUCAUGAUGUCUCAGAAUUAUUAUUAGGAGGCAUUUUUACUAAAAUUUAAUAGUAACUUUUUGAUAAUAUUUCUUCUACCACUAAAGGAUUUACUGUAAUGUGAUUAUUUAAGAGUCACACCUGCUUAGGUUAUAAAUAAACCAUAUGAAUAUCAUUCUUUAAAUAUAUAUUUAUUAUUCAUAAAGGUUGAAUAUUUGCAUUUCAGGAUUUAUUUUGUAUUCCUAAGAACUUACAGGAAUCUGUCUCAUUCCAAAGUAAAUAUUACUGUUCAGUGAAUUUCUAUUGAAGUGAUAGCCAGAGAGAAAGUUUGCUCAGGUGUUAUCAGGAGCACAUUGGGGUGAUUAUAAACAUAUAAAGACAAACAUUUUUUCCACAUCUGAAAAUGAAUAAAGGCACCAUCCAUCCUCCCUAAGAUGGUAUUUGGUCUUGCAGUUUAACCAUUUCUAGGUCUACUGGAAGUAUAUUUCUUUUAAGAAGAAGGCUUUUGAGUUUUCAGUUUGCAUUGUUGAACCCGCAUAGACUUUGUCUACAGUUGCAGAUAGAAUGUUAACUCACCACAUUAUUCAAAAACACAGGAGGAAUCUCAUCCAAUUGACCUGCCAUUCACUUUUCUUAAGUGCUAUCAAUCAACCCCCUUUUCUCUGUUUUUUUUUUUGUUUGUUUGUUUUGUUUUUUUGAGUUUCCCAGCUUUUUUCCAAGCUUCCACUAGAUGCAUUGCAUUUCCGUUUCCUUAACCAUUUCUUCAGGCUCUUCUUAUAGGCAGUCUUGUUAUUGCCCAGCAUUAUCGCUACAAUUUUCACCAAAGUCUUCAAAGUACAUGAUGCUAUAGGCCUCUUUUCUAUUGUCCUCUAAUCUGUGGAUUCUUACUGACUAUACAUCAGCUUCAUCCAAAGUUUGGUUUUCUUUCUUUUUCUUUUCUAAUGCCAAUGCCUGGCCCUUUACCAUGUCAAUUAAAUAACAAUCCAUCUUCCUCAUCUACUUUCUUAACAAUACUAUAUAUUUUUAUCUUUCUAAAAUUGCAUAUGUGAAAAUUGCUAACAUGUAUUCUUAUACAGUCAUAGAUUUUUAAAAACAAAUUCUCAGUAGGACCUCAAAAAUGUGUAUUGGUGGUUACUUUAAUAUAUACUUACUCCAAAAGGGUUAUAACUUAUUAAAUGCAGUAUAGAGCAGAAGAAUGAAAAGAAGAAAAAGCAGUUAUCAUUUGCACAAAAAUAGGUGUGAACAAGCACUUAAAAUUAAGUUUUGCAGGUCAAUGUUGAAUUUGGCUCUUAGUUCCAGGUGGUUAAGCAUAAAGAAAUAUACACAUUGAUUUAGGUUAGAAGUUCUCAAACUUUAUCACACAUCAGAAUCAACUGCAGGACUGGUAUAUCUGAUUCAGCUGGCCUGGGAUGGGACCUGAAAAUGUGCAUUUCUAACAAGUUUCCAGGUUAUGCUGAUGCCAUUGUUCCAGGGACCACAUUUUGAGAAGCAAUUUGUAGCUUAUGCAAUUUCAUCUGUCCAGUAAAAACACAGAGACACAAAGAAUCCACCUGAAAUGACAGUUGUUUUUCUUGGAAUUGAUGAAUAGUGGCAGUAUUUGUUAGGUGAUUUUACCUGGGUUAUUAAAUGGAAACAUUACACUGUUGUCAGUGUUUACAUAUGUAGUACCUUUUUUCCCCAAAAUAAAGUUUUUAAAAUCUA